AUGCCCGGCGACCGCCCGCUAGCUAUGGACAUUAUUGAUAUAGUCGACAACGGUGCUGAGAGUACGUUUUCGAAAAGAAGACCGGUUACGGACAUCAAACGCAUCAUGUCGUCCUACGAAAUUCGAAACUCUAUCUUGACCAUGGCGUUGUGUCCAGACGAGGAAAUUAUCUUUGACCUCACAAACCGGACAACAAACGUGGAUGUGGCCCACAUCGCAUCGGUCACUACUUGCUUGACUGGUACACACGAGGUCGGUUUCCGGGAAAGAGCGUUUAGUGUCACAUUGACAAGUACGAGUACCCUGGCAGCUUUCACCGCUGAACUAAAGAUACUCCGCGGACUGCCUCUCGGAAACCCUAUGAACAUAAUCAUUCGCUACUAUCUGGACAACAAUGCCUCCUUGGACGAGGUACGGCUCGAUGCUCUCGCGCUUUUGCAUGCGACGGGGUGUCGCUACCUAUCAAAGCCCGUGUGCAUCGAAGUCUACCGCAAAUCUGGCACUGCCCCAAUCAACAGCUACACUAUAUCUCUUGAGGAUAUACGACAGAGCAUCCUUCUCUUCAUGUACCAGAUCUUCAAGAAAAGUCCAGAGCACAUGCUAGCGCAACUACCAAGGAUCUGGAUGAGUGGCAGGGGCGAGGCGCGGGAAGCCGAGUGGGACUUGAGCAAGUGUUCUAUUGAGCCGAUCGUAAAUGAGAACGUUGGCAUCAGCUCGACAAUCAUUCAAUCACGCUACGAAGAGAUUAAAGGGGUGUUCGAAAGCAUGCUCGAUCCAGGCAAUUUUCCGCCUGACUCUAUGGGUGAUUCCGCAAUACGGUUGUGGUACUAG